AGACCAUCGGAUAGUGAGACUUCGGAGUUAGACCCAUCUCUGACAAGGUGUACACACUGAUUGCUUGUGGUCCAUCUGCCUUCACAGCAUGCACGUGCAGAGGUUGGAUCUUCGUCGAGCACUUAGAUGUCAGGUACGGUAAGGCCUACCGCCGCCUCAACCAGCAGCAGCAUUGUGGAAAGCGAAAAUGUACCAUUGAUUCCGCCGAAAUCUACUCAAGGCGGCAGUUACAAAGGGUUUGUCGCCGGUGUCUUCUCUGGCAUUGCGAAAUUGAGCGUUGGGCACCCAUUCGACACGAUCAAGGUCCGCCUGCAAACAGCUCCCAGAUCACAGUUCCGAGGACCACUCGACUGUGUCCUGCAGACAGUCCGCUAUGAAGGCAUCGUUGGCUUCUACAAGGGCGCAACGCCACCACUCCUUGGCUGGAUGUGUAUGGACUCACUCAUGCUCGGCUCACUGACCCUCUAUCGUCGUCUACUGAACGAGCAGGUCUUUCAACCAUUACGUGCGCGUCCAACUAGUUCCCACGGUGGGACAUCAGACGACGAGAGCAAGCGGCUACCCACAGUUGGCCACGGCAUUGCCGGCAUGUUCGCAGGCUGGACCGUUUCGUUCAUCGCUGCGCCUGUGGAGCACGUCAAAGCCCGUCUUCAGAUACAAUAUCAAGCAUCAAAGCAUGACCGUCUAUACUCCGGUCCCGUCGACUGCACGAAGAGGCUGCUAAAAGCGCAUGGCGUGCAGGGUCUUUGGCAUGGCUUGAGCGCUACGCUGCUGUUUCGUACCUUCUUCUUCUUCUGGUGGGGUAGUUACGACGUGUUCACGCGAUGGUUUCAGCAGCACACCACGAUGAGCACACCAGCGAUCAACUUCUGGGCAGGUGGGCUGAGCGCACAAAUCUUCUGGCUGACUUCCUACCCUUCGGACGUCGUGAAGCAACGUAUAAUGACCGACUCGCUUGACCCAGGUCGGCGGAAGUACGCAAGAUGGCGGGAUGCUGCGCAAGCAGUGUGGAGGGAAGGCGGAGUGAAAGGGUUCUGGAGAGGCUUUCUGCCAUGUUUCCUGCGAGCAUUUCCAGCGAAUGGAGCGGCACUGGUAGCAUUCGAGGGUGUCAUGAGGUCGCUUGAUUAAGUCAGCGCCUCUUUCUAUUCUAUUGCAGUCAUAAUCUGCUUGAGCGCCGUGAAAUCAUGACAGGUCCGGCUCCUUGAUCUGGUUGGCAAGCUGACCGUACGUUUGCACCACAUCGUCGCAGAAUGCCUCCCAAUCGGAUCUGAAGAUCGACAUUGCGCGCUCCUUCUCUUGGAUGUUAAGGCAGCUGUGUUCAAUGCUCCAAUGAGCAAGCUGCUUCCAGCCGUGGAUGGUCAUGCGGGUGUCUCCAACCAUGACUUGGUAGAAUUCGUAGGAUAGCGAUGAACUGUCUGUGGUGGCUC